AUGAGUGAAUACGAGAAAACAAACACCGACCUGUUGAGGACCAGUUCGGGAGUGGGUCACAAGUGGCGGCCCCCGCAGAACUUUCCCAACAUGGAACUCAUGGAUAAUUACGGAAAUUUCGGACCGUUUUUCAAGAAACCAGCAGCUCAUUACAAAGUUCACUACCUGCAAGAUUUGCACGAAAAGUCAACCACUACAUCCUUUCAUCUACAACUACAUCCUUUCAAACCACAGUUGAUGUCUGAAAAUUUGAGACGUCCACUGACCAUGGGCAACCAAACUUCGGAAAUGAAGGAUAAGUUUUCAGGGCAAGAUCCUUUGAAGGAGCCUAAAACGUUUGAGGAUUUCAAAGGAUUCACACUGAGGGACCAUCUCAAGUCCGUACCAACUCAACCGACGUACAUGGGCAUCGCGGCAGACGUCAUGCUGCCCGGGGGACGGACGAAAUCCUGCCACAACAGAUCCGUGUACCUCCUCAACGAUCCCUACUUGACCACCACGCAGAAAAUGCACAGACCCUUCAAGGAGGAGGAGUUGUGUCUCGAACCUAGGAGGAAACUCAACGUUCUUGAGUGGAUCCAGGGACCUCGUGUCGUUGUACCCCAGCAGACCCCCAUGACAGACAAGUUGUUCUCGAGGCAGGAGACGAAGAUCAAUCAGAUACCUCCGUUGGUCGCCCAUGUGCCUCACUCGGGCUUCAGAACAGAGUACCGUGAACAUUUCCAGCAGCCUGUGGAUUUGAACCCGCAGGAAACUUCCACCUGCCCUCCAGACAUCAUGAACGUCAGGGAGGGCAACAGCAGGCAGGUACAGACCAUCCCACUCUUUUACGAUACCGAGUACAAGAGGAUUGGUAGCAAGUGUAGAGUUACUGUCUAA